AAUGUCCUAGCUGGAAAGGGUGUAAGAGUAAAAAGAAAAUAGCAGUUUGAUAGGUCAACGUUAGGUUAUACUCAAUGAAGUAAUUUUCUUUAAACAAAAUCGGCUCGUCGCUCUCGGACGUGGAGGUGAGCGUCGAUAGUGAUUGCAACAUGCGACAAUGAAGAGAUUCAACGAAUUUCUUGCGACCUGCGUCGUAUUACAAUUCUUGUGCGGUACAUGCACUACACACUUGCUCAUAAACGUCAAAAAUCAGGGUGGUGAUAUUCUUCUAGAAACAAUCUCAUCUAAUGUGACAGAAGAUCUGAUUACUCUCGAAUUUCAACGUUCUGAUGGUACACUAGUUACGCAACUCAUUGAUUUUAAGAAUGAAGUUCAAGUUAUAAAAGCUUUAGUGCUGGGUGAAGAAGAACGUGGACAAAAUCAAUAUCAAGUCAUGUGUUUUGUAAAUCAUUUUUAUAAGGUAGAUUUCAUAUCGUCUGACGCAAUGUCUAAAUUGCGUCAAAAAAAUCCUGGUACUGUGCGUGUAGCGGAGGAGGACAGAGGCCAUGUUAAUUAUACAAUGGACUUAUUCUUGGAUGUGUCUCAGUCUAAAGAAAUCUCAAAACACGUUACUACACUUUGUACGGAAGCAACUGGAUCAACCUAUACAAGAAAUGACGAUAUAAAACAAUGGGUUCAACGACCAGGUUCUUCCGAAGAAUUGCUCAUGGCAGCUGUAUAUAACUUUACAACUAUGCCGCAAUCAGGCAUAAAUGACACGAGACCAUUGUUGGUCUCCAAAUGUGCUGACACAUCAAAUCUUUGGGCAUCUUGUACAUGCUCUCUGGAAUUAUGCAUCGGUUGGUAUCCAUGUGGUCUAAAGUUUUGCAAAGGAAAAUCCGAUGGCAAGAAAGUAGCUAGCACUUAUCGAUGCGGUAUAAAAACCUGUAAGAAAUGUUUUAUAUUCUCAUAUUAUUCUAAAAUGAAACAAAACUGUCUGUGGGACGAAUGACGUAUAAGAACACUGUAGGUUGAAAUUUCGAAUGUAAACUGAAAAUAUUGAUGAGAUAGACAGAUUGGAAUGAAGAAAGUAAGCGAAUUAUGCUAGAAACAAAUUCGAGAUCUUAGAGAUGAUUUUUCAAGAAAAUACUUUAAGUAGUGAAAAUAUGAAACACAUUUGAGGAAAUAUGAAACAAUUUUUGAAG